AUUUUAUUUUAUUUUUCAUAUUGAUAAUGAGUACGAGCUUGAAAAGAAAAGCCUCUGUAGAUGAAGAAGACAAUAAACCUCUUAAAAGGUUAGCUUCCCAUCAAGAUUCUGAACAAGAAGACUCUGAUGACGGUCUUCAGGAAAUUGUUGACGUUGAUUUUGAUUUUUAUAAUCCAGACGAAAUUGAUUUCCAAGCUUUAAAAAAACUACUAACACAACUGUUUUCAUCUGAUUCAGAAUUGAUUAAUUUGAGUGAUUUUGCAGAUAUUAUUAUCGAGGAGAAUCAUGUUGGUACAACUGUCAAAGUUGAUGACCAAAAGUCUGAUCCAUAUGCUAUUUUGAGCAUUAUUAAUUUGAAUCAACAAAAGGAGAAAGAAGGCGUUAAACAGUUAUGCACUUAUCUUUCUAAUAAAUGUCCGAAAAAGAACGAAAAAGUUCAUAAAGCAGUGAAUGAUAUUUUAUCAUUAAAUUUAGAAGAUAAGCAUGUUGGCUGGGUUGUGUCUGAACGUUUCAUUAAUAUGCCUGUUGAAAUUAUGGCACCUAUGUAUAACAUGUUGCAAGAAGAAGUUAAAAAUGCAGUUAAGCAGAAAGAGCCUUAUACAUUUGAAUGGUAUAUGUUUAUUUCAAAAACAUAUAAGGAAGUGGCUUCAAAUGUAGAUAAUGAAGAAGAAGAAGAAGAAAUGACAUCAGCAAAAAAGAAGGACAAAGCUGUAGCAACGAAUUCAACAGAAACAUUUUAUUUUCAAUCCGAAGAUGAAAUCAUUACUAAAUAUGCUGAAUAUCAAUUCGAUUUUAAAUUUACUAACAGUGAAAAGGAACAAUCAUCAGAUUCAAGACGCGCAUUCUCUGAUUUUGGUAUUGCACCAGGUCGCAAACUUUUACUUGUACAUAAAUCAAAGUUUGAUGACCUAGUAAAUGAAAUCACAAAGACUUGUUCAUCUACAGCAGCUGUUUAAAUAAUGUAUAAAUAGAUUAGAAAGAAAGAAAGAAAGAAAGAAAGAAAG